UGACUACUUAAAGAAUCCCUGGUGCGGUGGUGUCCCGAAGUUUAGGUCAUAAUGGAACGCAGGAAUUCUGUGGUGAAUUUCUCUUCUGAUGCCGCUAAGCUCCCUCUCUCGGUGCUGCUUCAAGCUCAGAAGGACCUUGUGGACUAUCGUGGUCUUGGGAUCGGUGUCCUGGAGCUACAUCCUGGAUCGCCAGAGUUCACCGAAAUUCUGGACGCGACCAAAUCCAGUUUGAAAGAGCUGCUGAAGGUCCCAGAAAACUACAAAAUACUGUUCUUGCAAUGUGGUGCGAGUGGCCAGUUUAGUGCGAUUCCUUUCAAUUUCAUCAGCCUCAAGGAAGGCAGAUGUGCAGAGUUUGUUGUCACCGGGCCUUGGUCUGCGGAGGCAGCGGAGGAAGCCAGGAAGCUGGGGAAAGUGAAAAUUGUCCACCCUGGGCAGAAUGCUUGUACAACAAUCCCUGAUCCAAGCAAGUGGGAUCUCAGUCCUGACUCCUCCUAUCUCUAUUAUUGUGCUGAUGAUUCCAUCAGUGGUGUGGAAUUCCACUUUAUUCCAGACUCCAAGGAAACUGUUCUGAUCUCUGAUAUGUCCUCCAACUUCCUUCUCAAGCCCUUGGAUGUUUCCCGGUUUGGUGUGAUUUUUGCCACUGCCCGACAAAGUCUCGGUUGUGCAGGAGUGACAGUGGUAUUCGUGAGAGAAGACCUCCUAGAUUCGACACUCAGUGGAUGUCCAAUUGUGCUUGACUAUAAACUACAAGCGGGAAUCUUUCCUAAUACUCCUCCAUGUUACAGUAUCUAUAUCCUGCAGUUGGUCUUGGAUUGGAUAAAAAGCAAUGGAGGUUCUGAUGCGAUGGAACGAAGAAGUAUCGCUAAAUCAAAAUUGCUUUAUGAUGUGAUUGAGGGUGCCGCUGAAUUCUAUGUAUGCCCUGUUAAUGUGAAGUGUAGAAGCAGAAUGAAUGUAGUAUUCCGGGUUGGUGGCCCCAAAGGAAAUAACAUCCUUGAACAGACGUUCCUUGACAAAGCAGCUGAAGUUGGCAUGACUUCACUGGAGGGUGACAGAUCUGUUGGUGGGAUCUGUGCCUCACUCCACAAUGUGACACUUGAAGAAACACAAAAGUUGGCAGAAUUCAUGACAUCUUUCAAGCAAAAGGAACACCGGGGUAAUGACUUGCCAUAAGGAAAAGCCUAUUGUAGGUUCUGUGCAGCAUUAAUACAAUCUUUGUCUUUAUAUUAGUGAUGGCUUGCAGUGCUAAUCUAAUCUUGAAGUAAAUUUGCUUCAUGUAGAACACAUUUGCCUCUUUGAAUAUAAUCUUUGAACGGUUAAGUAAUUGAAACACUAGCUGCUUUUUUUUUUUAAAGCUAGGAUCUAUUUUUGUUGGUGCCAAUAAGGAUUGAUCCAAACCUGCGGCCAAAUGCGUACACAAUUCAGAAUUCAACUCUAAUGUCCUGAGGGAGUGCUGCAUUUAUCAGAGCUGAUUUGCCAUUCUAAUUGGAAGUCAUUUUGCCAGUACACAAAUGCGAUGGUACAAAGGCUUGGUUUUGGAGUAUGUUUUAAGUGCUAGUCCAAGUAUUUUGCACAAUAACCAGUUCCCAAAGUUCAGGUGCACAAAACUUUCACUUCCAGUAACAAUGAACCUCAGCUGUGGGUUUACUGGUCAGUUUGGAUAGUCUUGGUUUAAGGAUGACCUGAUUCUAUCCAAGGUACUGUGAACUUCAUGAUCAAGAUAGUAAAUCUAUCACUGACUGAAGUGAUAGUGAGCCAGAGCCCUCAGUUCAAUGUUGUGCACAAACUUUCACCUUUCUCUAUUUCCCUUUUUCCCCAAAAAACAUCUGGAUUUUAGAAAUAGCCCAUGGGUAUCAUGAUAAAAUAUUUUAAACUUAAUAUUCCUUGUUGAGAUAUUAAGAUAACAAUGUGUAUGAAUUCUGUCAAUAACAAUCUCUCAAAGAAAAUAACUUUCAUUGAAGCUAAGCUGUGUCUUGCAAGCUAACUGAAAUCACUCACCUGAAAGUAUUGCAACUAGUCCUAUCACUAGUAUCCAUUCUUUAGCCACAAUGGAGUCACCAUAUCACAGCUCCUACUGCCCCUUAAACAUCAGGAAAAUAGAUUGUGUCCAGGUCAGGGGAAGGGGUAGGGGUUUUGUGAAAUGACUAAAGAUUAGCUUUAUUUGUCACAUGUGCAUCAAAACAUUAUGAAAUGUUUGUGUCAAGCCGGAGAUAUGCUGGGGGGUAACCUGCAAGUAUUAUGCUUCUGGCCUCAAUCUAUAAUGCCCAUGACUUGCUAACCCUAACCUGUACAUCUUUGGAAUGUGUGAGGAAACCAGUAAUGCCUAAGCUCCUUACGGGCAGCAGUGGGCAUUGAACUCUGAUCAAAGAUCACCGACAUUAUAAUGCAUGGUGCAAGCACUGUGCCAUAGCAAGUAGCACAAUCUUUCAAAGUAAAAUUCCUACAUUUUGAAAACUCCGGUGGCAUUGUGGAGGUUGAGAAACAGCCUCUUCCUCCAGGCUAUGAGACUUCUGAGCUCCCUGCCACCACAAGUAGAAUUUGAAGCACAAGUAGAUUUAUGCUGGGUUUUUUUAAGCUUGUGUUGUAAAUACCUCUUUGUUAAUUUAUUUGUGGUAAUACUUCAUGUAAGGUAUAGGUACUGUGGUGUGCACCUUGGUCUGGAGGAACAGACUUUCAGUUGGUGGUAUCUGUGUGCACAGUUGAAUGAGUUCUGGUAUCUUGCUGCAAUAAAAGUUGGGUUAUAUUUCAACUCAUUGUAAAAGUUUUACAUUGACUCAAGAGUUGUUUUAGAUUCCUGGAAUUGCAGCUGUUUCAUAAUCUUCCGGAUUCUAAUAUUUGCUUAUCAAAAGAAAAAUAAAUGUAGUGGGUAUGGCCCAGUCCCAACUACCGGGCUGUAAAGCAUGUGCUACCAGCCCCUGAAGAAACCAUAUGAGUUGGCUGCACCUUUCCUCAUUCCCUGUCACACACUGUUGAACUUGAACAUAGGGUUGCCAACUACCCUGUAUUUGCUGAGACAUCCCGUAUAUUGGGCUAAAUUGGCUUGUCCCGUAUUUCCCCUGCUAAGGUAGAGCGUUCCUAUGAAACCUUUGGUGCCAAAAUGGCGUGAAGCAAAGAAGCAAUUACCAUUAAUUUAUAUGGGGAAAAUUUUUGAGUGUUCCCAAACCCAAACAAAAACUACCCAAUCAUACCAAAUAACACGUAAAACCAAAAAUAAUACUAACAUAUAGUAAAAGCAAUGGUACAAUAAACACACAGCCUAUGUAAAGUAGAAAUAAUGUAUGUACAGUAUAGUUGGGAAGAUGAAGGCAAAACCGAUUUGUGGGGGGGAAAUCGGCAUGUACGUGCGUGCGCACAUCACAUACGCACAUCACGCAUGCGCACACAGGUGCCCGUGCAAGGCUUCAGGGUCAUGAUAGUCUUUCCUGGGGUAAAGUGUCCUGGGAUUUGACUGCUACUUUUGUCCCUUAUUUGGGAGUGAGAAAGUUUGCAACCCUAACUGUAAAAGACAUGUUGAGGUGAGUUUAACCCUACUUGAACACCACCCCACCUGCCCCCACCCCAGGUCGGCUGCUCCGUAAGAAUAUUCUCAAUAUUAAACCGGCCUGCGGUGCAAAAAAGGUUGGGGACCCGUGCAUUACGGCUAAAGCCCUCCCCAUCAUUGAGCACUUCUAAAUGAAAUGCUGUCGUGGGAAAACAGCAUCCAAAGAUAAUACCAUCAGAAAGGUAGCAGGAGCCUCAGAGCUCACACCACCAGGUCUAGGAACAGUUAUUACCCCUCAACCGUCAAAGGGAGUAACUUCACUUGCCCUGUCACUGAAAUAUUCCAUCAACCAAUGGACUUGCAUUGAAAAAUUCACAACCAAUGGACUAGUGUUCUUGAUAUUUAUUCCUUGUGUAUUAUUACUGUUAUUUUGUAUUUGCAGUUUCUUGCCUUUUGCACACCAGUUGAAUGCCAAAGUUGGUGCAGUCUGUCACUGAUUCUGUUAUGGUUAUUAUUCUAAGGAUUUAUUGAGUAUGCCCACAAGAAAAUGAA